ACCCCGCCUCUCAGAGCUUUACACAACUCCAGGAAAUCAGCGCAGUGAAGUUUCGUUUCUUGUGAAAUCGUCAGUCUCUCUGUCUCGCUGCAGCAAGAAUGGCUUCAAAAGUAUGGUCAGAGGAUCGGUUUAGCUGUUCAGUAUGUCUGGAGCUAUUGAAGGACCCAGUCACUAUUCCAUGUGGACACAGUUACUGUAUGAGGUGUAUUAAGAACUGCUGGGAUCAGACUGAUCAUACAGGUGUCUACAGCUGCCCCCAGUGCAGAAAGACCUUUACCCCAAGGCCUGAUCUGUGCAGAAACACCAUGCUGGCCGAACUUGUGGAGGAAUUAAAGAAGACAGGACUCAAUCCUCCUCCUGCUCAAAGUUAUGCUGGACCUGGAGAUGUGCCGUGUGAUUUCUGCACUGGGAGAAAGUUCAAAGCUGUGAAAUCCUGUUUGACAUGCCUGGCCUCUUACUGUGAAACACACGUCAAGCCACACUAUGAGGGGGCUGCUUUCAAGAGGCACAAGCUGAUCAAUGCAAUUGGAGAUCUGGAGCAGAAGCUUUGUGCUGAACACCAGAAGGUUUUGGAGGGAUUCUGCAGAACAGAUCAGACGUGUAUUUGUUGGCUGUGUGCAGACGAGGAACACAAGGGUCAUGAUAUAGUCUCAGCUGGGACUGGGAAACAGAAGCAGCUGGGAGAGACACAGACAGAAAUACAACAGAGAAUCCAGGAGAGACUGAAAGAAAUUGAAGAGCUGAAACAGGCUGUGGAGUCACUGAAAAGAUCUGCAUGCAUAGAAAUAAAGGAAAGUGAGAAGAUCUUUACUGAGCUGAUCCGAUCCAUUGAGAAGAUCCACACUGAGGUUAUUGAGCUGAUUGGAGCUAACGAGAAGGCUGCAGUGAAUCAGGCUGAAGGACGCAUGAAGAAACUGGAGCAGGAGAUUGCUGAGCUAAGGAGGAGAAACGCUGAGCUGAAACAGCUUUCAGAGACAGAGGAUCACAUCCAUUUUCUACAGAAUUUCCAGUCUCUCUGUGCCCCUCCAGAAGCUGGAGACUUACCCAGCGUUACUGUCAAUACAGACAUCUCUUUUGGGGCUGUGAGGAAAGCUGUAUCUGAACUUAAAGACCAUAUUGAGGACUUCUGCAAGGGGGAAUUAGUCAAAAUAACCACAACAGUGAAUAAAGUUGCAGUUUACAGUCUGCAGGCUCCAGAGCCAAGGAACAGAGCUGAGUUUUUAAAAUAUUCCUGUCAGCUCACACUGGACCCCAACACAGCGCAUAGAAUCCUCUGUCUGUCUGAAGAGAACAGAAAGGUGACACUGGUUUGGACCCAGCAUUUUCCUGAUGAUCACCCAGAGAGAUUUGAUAGCUGUGCCCAAGUGCUUUGCAGAGAGGGUUUGUCUGGGACUCGCUGUUACUGGGAGAUUGAGUGGAGUGGGGGAGGGGCUGAUAUAGGAGUCACAUAUAAAGGAAUCAGCAGGAAAGGAGGGUAUCAUUCCUGUCUCCUUGGAUUCAAUGACAAGUCCUGGAGUUUGCGCUGCUCUGAUUCCAGUUACACUGCCCGGCACAAUAACAAUGAAACUGCAAUAACUGCCCCCCACUCCCCCAGAAUAGGAGUGUAUCUGGACUUUAAUGCCGGCACGCUGUCCUUUUAUGGCGUCUCUGACACAAUGACCCUCCUGCACAGAUUCCAAACCACAUUCACUGAGCCGCUCUAUCCUGGGUUUGGGCUUUAUUGUUCUGGUUCCUCUGUAACAAUCUGCCAGCUGAACUAGACUGUUUUGUGUUGUAAGAUACCCUUUGUAUUGAACUCCCUGUCUGUCCUCUCCACUCCUCGGGUGAAGGGAAUGUUCAAUCUGACACAACUUUGGAUGAAAGUUAGGGGGUAAAACGGCGCCACCUGCAGAGCGAAACGAGGGGAAUUAUUUGUUUUUAGCAACGAAUGGAUUUCAUACGAAGUAACUGUAUUUAAUUUAUUUUUUAAGAAUUGUUAUGUUUUAUAUAUAUUUUAGAAAAUGGCAUCCAAUAGUCAGUGCUGUAACAGUUUUUAAAAAAGUGAACUUAAGUUUGCUUUAUUGUGUGUGUGUUUUUGUUUUUUGAUUUCCAUAAAAUGUUUAAUAUUUCAGAUUUUAGUAAUGUGAUUUAAUUAAAAAAAAUGAUUAACUGACUUUUUCUUAUUUAUUAAUACUCUUAACACGGUUUUUCAAAUGAGAAUGAGCAAGAAAGAGGGGCAUGAGAGAGACAGGUCUGGUAAAGCAUAGGGAAGCAUUGUAAAGCACAGAGAGGUCUGGUAAAGCAUAGGGAAGCAUUGUAAAGCACAGAGAGGUCUGGUAAAGCAUAGGGAGGCAUUGUAAAGCACAGAGAGGUCUGGUAAAGCAUAGGGAAGCAUUGUAAAGCACAGAGAGGUCUGGUAAAGCAUAGGGAAGCAUUGUAAAGCACAGAGAGGUCUGGUAAAGCAUAGGGAAGCACUGUAAAGCACAGAGAGGUCUGGUAAAGCAUAGGGAAGCAUUGUAAAGCACAGAGAGGUCUGGUAAAGCACAGGGAAGCAUUGUAAAGCACAGAGGGGUCUGGUAAAGUACAGGGAAGCAUUGUAAAGCACAGAGAGGUCUGGUAAAGCAUAGGGAAGCAUUGUAAAGCACAGAGAGGUCUGGUAAAGCAUAGGGAAGCAUUGUAAAGCACAGGGAGGUCUGGUAAAGCAUAGGGAAGCAUUGUAAAGCACAGAGAGGUCUGCUAAAGCAUAUGGAAGCAUUGUAAAGCACAGAGAGGUCUGGUAAAGCAUAGGGAAGCAUUGUAAAGCACAGAGAGGUCUGGUAAAGCAUAGGGAAGCAUUGUAAAGCACAGAGGGGUCUGGUAAAGCAUAGGGAAGCAUUGUAAAGCACAUAGAGGUCUGGUAAAGCAUAGGGAAGCAUUGUAAAGCACAGAGAGGUCUGGACUCUAACCCUGGGCUUGAGACAGCUCAGUGAUUUGGAUUCCUGAACAGCUUCUUAGUAAAGGUAUUAUUCAGCAUGCAGCUGCACCGUGAACUAAUAAGAAAAGACUUUCAGUACCUGGCAGGCUCUUGUGACAUAUCAGGCGGGUCAUUCUCUUUACUCCUUCUUCUUCUCCUUGGAGUCGGGUCCAUGCCUCUCUCUACUGAAUCACUAGUUCCUCGGUUAGCUGUGUUUCUCCUCUGCAACACAAUUGAAACAAGUCCGUUGUUAAAGAGUACAGCGCUUCAAAUGUCAUUUUUCUUUCUCUUUCUUUAGACCGGCCCCUUAUCUUUUCAUGCUGUUUGAAAUCAUCCCGAGCGCUUCUUGUUAUCACAGUUACUCAAAUGCUGGGUUCGUUUUUGGAAACGUCUGUGUUGCUAAUUGAGUGCCAUGGGAGCAUUGUAUUUUAAACAGUUUUGUAUCAAUUAAGAUUAUGUUUCAUUUUGAAUUAUUAAUUUUGAAUUUUAAAUAUACAGGUUAAUAC